AAAUAUGAAGAAUAAUCUUUUUGGAGGAAUUCCAUUUAAUUUUGUAUAGGUUGAUCAAACUAGUUGGUACAGGUGCAUAUGGUUCAGUUGUACUUGGUUUUGAUCAAUAAAACAAUAACUUAAAAGUUUAAUUUAACUCAUAUUAGCAUAGGUGGCUAUAAAGAAACUAAAUUAAAUUGAGGAUGUCAUAGAUGCAAAAAGAAUUAUUAGAGAAAUCAAAAUUCAAAGAUCUAUGAA